AUGGCUUCUUCUUCCGAUACUGGAGUAUCAGAUACAUUGGACCCCAUGGUGAUUGUAUCAGAUGAUGAGAUACCAUCCGAGGGAGAAGUUUACACGUCGGAUACCAUGAGCACGGAUGAUGAUGAUUUUCAGCCUUUCGCUCUGCCCGACUUCGGGGAUGAGGUUCAGCCUGCUGAUGGCAUUCUAGCUGGGGAUCUACCUCUUGCUGAGAUCCCUGCUCCUGUUCCGCUUGCCGCAUUUCCCAUAGAGGAUUUGCCACUCGAUGUUGUGUCUGAUGACGACAUCGAUCUUUUCGUUGAGGGUCCCCCGGAAGACGACCAUGAGGGUGGGGCCCCGAUUGCUGAUGAUGUCAUCAUUCCUAUUGCUGAGGCUCCUGUGGAGGAGGCUCCUUCUGGUUCAGCUGGUCCAAACUCGUUUGAGUCUGUGGCAUCCGCUUCCUUACACGACCGGGGCGUGCAACACUACUCUCCUGGCACUGACCCCGACAUAGCGAUGUCAGCUGCACCUGGUUCACCCCACGAGUUUGAGUUUGAUCAUGAGUUCGAGGACGAGUUUGAUCCAGUUUUUCCUCCUGAUUUUGAUCCCGAUCAUGAGAUCGAGUUUAUUCCUGUUGACCAGCCCUUGGAGGCACCAGUAGCUCCUAUUGAUCAGUUUCUUGAUAUACCUAUCGACUUUAAUAUGGACUUUGUCGACCCUGAGCCUGUCGUGGCACCAGAGCCUGUUAUUGCUCCUGAUCCUGUACCGGUGCACGACCCUGUUCUUGUGGAUGCACCAGCCCUUGUACCACCUAUUGUUGAUAUUCCCAUUGUUGCGCCACCAGUGGCGGAUGUUCCUAUUGCUGAUGCACCCACUCUUGCACCACCUGUUGUCGACCAUGCGCCAUUUGCCACGCAUGUCGACCCACGAUACGCCGACACCCACAACGGGUGGAUUGACGAUGAUGAUUAUCCCCCGUUCGUGCUACCAGUCACUCCUCCUGUAGCACCUAUUUCCGCACCUAUCGAUGUUCCAUUCUUCCACCCACACAUCUCUGAUGUCCAUCGCACCGACCUUCCCAUCACAUUCCUCUAG